AUUCACCUAAAAAACGCACAGCACACACUCAAAUUUGCGCUUCAUCACCUCUCCAAUUCUCAAUUUUCUUCCUCCUCGAUUUGAGUUGCAGCUGUGAAAGGUUUCCGCCAUGGACGCGGCUGCACAGCUCGCCCACUGCGGAAUCGAUCAUCUCCAUCGAGCCUCGCCGUAUUCCUCCGCUGCCGCCUGGAAUUGCAGGUCCAGAAAUCACCGAUUUUUCCCGAGGAUUAGGCGGAAUGCCGUCGUGAGAGCCGUCGCCACCGAGCCUAAGCCGUCGGAUACCAAGCCGCCCAGUUCUGUUAAUGGGACUGCUAAGCCGGCGCCCUUCAAGAUGGUCAACGGCACAUCAACUCGGAUGCAAGAUGUUUCGCAGGAGAUCAAAAGGGUGAGGGCGCAGAUGGAGGAAAACGAGCAGUUGGCCAGUCUCAUGAGAGGUCUUCGCGGCCAGAAUCUGAAGGACUCUUUGUUUGCUGAGGAUGAUGUCAAUCUCCGUCUAGUUGAGGUUGACGAGAGUAGUGAAUUUUUACCAAUGGUGUAUAAUCCUGAUACGAUCGCUGCUUAUUGGGGAAAAAGGCCACGAGCUGUUGCGACUCGUAUUGUUCAGUUAACGUCUGUUGCUGGAGGCUUUCUCUCCCGUCUCCUCUGGGAUCUAAUAAACAAUAAAAUAAAGGAGAAUGAAGUCACCCGAGCUAUUGAAUUGAGGGAAAUUGUUACAUCUUUGGGUCCAGCAUACAUAAAACUUGGACAAGCAUUGAGCAUCCGACCUGAUAUAUUAUCACCUACUGCUAUGACUGAACUACAGAAACUUUGUGAUAAGGUCCCAUCCUUUCCAGAUGACAUGGCAAUGGCUCUUAUUGAAGAAGAGCUCGGAGAGCCGUGGUAUAAUAUCUACUCCGAGCUUUCUCCUUCUCCUAUUGCUGCUGCCUCUCUUGGCCAAGUCUACAAGGGCCGGCUAAAAGAAAAUGGGGAUCUUGUUGCUGUUAAGGUGCAGAGGCCUUUUGUUCUGGAGACUGUAACAAUUGAUCUGUUCAUCAUAAGAAACUUGGGUCUUUUUCUUCGAAAAUUCCCUCAGGUCUCCGUGGAUGUCGUGGGAUUAGUUGACGAGUGGGCUGCUCGUUUCUUUGAAGAGCUGGAUUACAUUAACGAGGGGGAGAAUGGAACUAUAUUUGCUGAAAUGAUGAGGAAGGACCUUCCUCAGGUAGUUGUGCCAAAAACAUACACUAAAUACACAGCAAGGAAGGUUCUUACAACCCAGUGGAUAGAUGGGGAGAAGCUGUCACAAAGUACUGAAAGUGAUGUCGGAGAGCUGGUAAAUGUUGGAGUUAUAUGCUACCUCAAGCAGUUGCUUGACACCGGUUUUUUCCAUGCUGAUCCACAUCCGGGAAAUCUAAUCCGAACUCCUGAUGGGAAGCUGGCAAUACUGGAUUUUGGCUUGGUCACUAAAUUAACAGAUGAUCAGAAAUUUGGGAUGAUUGAAGCUAUUGCCCAUCUAAUCCAUCGAGAUUAUGGCGCUAUUGUAAAAGAUUUUGUCAAACUUGGCUUUAUUCCAGAUGGGGUUAAUUUAGAUCCCAUUCUGCCUGUGCUGGCCAAAGUUUUCGAUCAGGCACUUGAGGGUGGGGGAGCCAAAAAUAUCAACUUCCAAGAAUUAGCAUCAGAUUUAGCACAGAUAACAUUUGAUUACCCUUUUAGAAUACCACCUUACUUUGCACUUAUAAUUAGAGCAAUCGGGGUGCUGGAGGGAAUAGCUUUGGUGGGCAAUCCCGAGUUUGCCAUCGUUGAUGAAGCUUAUCCAUAUAUUGCACAGAGGCUACUGACUGAUGAAUCCCCAAGAUUGAGAUCGGCUCUACGCUACACAAUAUAUGGAAAAUCUGGAGUCUUUGAUGCCGAAAGAUUUAUAGAUGUGAUGCAAGCUUUUGAGAAUUUCAUAGAUGCUGCAAAGAGCGGAGGUGGGGAAGAUUUGAAUGGAGGAAUGGCAGAACUUGGAUUUCUACAACCUCAAACAAGUAGUUUGUUUCCUGCUUUUAGGGGCAGUGCUUCUCAAACACAGCCGAUCCAAACAAGAGCAGCCUUGGGAUUUUUACUAUCUGAUAAAGGGAACUUUUUCCGAGAGUUUUUGCUAGACGAGAUUGUGAAGGGUAUUGAUGCAAUUUCAAGGGAACAGCUGGUGCAGAUAAUGGCUUUUCUUGGCAUUAGAAAUGUAACCCCGGUUUUUAGCUUGGUUCCUUCUCUGGGGCCUUUCCGGACUGCUGCACUUCUUCCCACAAUAACCGAGGAAGACAAAGUGAUACUGAACAACGUUCAGAAAGUUGUUGAAUUCUUAGCUGCCGGAACUGCAGCCUCAUCCACGCAGGGUAUAAAUGUUCCGCAAGUGGUCCAAGAGCUACUCCCGGUAUUGCCAGGACUCUCCGCAAAAGUGUUACCUGAGUUGCUCAGCAGGCUGUCGUCACGGAUACUAGCUCGUGUAGUCCGUGACACACUCUUGUAAUCGCAAAACAAUGUAUUCACAUUCAAUUGCAGACAGAUAUAAUACACACAGUAGUAUCCCUUUCCAACGGCUCAUAGAUUAUUCAGAUUCAUAAGGAAUGUAGAUUUCUGUAUGUAUAGUCAACUUCAAAGAAGAAGAAAAAAUGUAUAUUUACUCACCAGAAUAUAAUACAAAAGCUCACAUUAUUUCCUCA